GACGCAAGCCGCGGCCGGGCGAGUCGUGGUGCCCCGUGUGCGGCGUGACGCUGCGUCCGGGCGAGCUGGAGGCGCACCUCACGCACGAGCUCGACAAGCUCGCCCGCCUCCCGCAGACGCGCCCGCUCUCGCAGAGGACGCCCACGCCCACCGCCUCGGCAGUCCCUACGCCCUCGCCCUCGUCGUCGUCUUCAUCAGAGGAAAACCUUCGUCAGCGCCAGGUGAUGAGGCGGAGGCAGGGUCGCGCCUGCCCGGGCUGGGAGACUUACCAGCGCGUGCGCGCGGGCCGCCAGAUGCGGUCGCGGUCGAAAGGAGUGGCAGACCUGCCCCGUCUGCGACACCCACGUGGACGCCGACACCGCCGACGACAUGCGCGCCCACAUCGAGAGGUGCUUAAGGAAGUGGUGCGGCCAGACGCGGGUGCGGGCCACGCAGAUGCUCAGGGCCGAGGGACAGCUGCAUGCGCUGGGCACGAAGGUGGAGCGUGGCAGCGAGGACGAGAUGGUGGACGUGUGUGCCGACGCCGCCGACGCCUUCGGGCCCGCGCAGUACGACGACGCCCACCUGCUGCGCCUCGGCCACGACCUCGGCGUCGCGGACGACCUCCCGGCGGGCCAGGAGAACGACCGCCAACACGACCCGCAGAUGCAUAAUGCGAGCUGCGAGAGUAUGGCGGUCUCGGAGUCCUCGCCGUCGCCGCCCUCGCCCCCCCUGCCCCCCAGCGCCUGCGAGAGGGCGCCGCCCACGGGGGACCACCCGGGAAGCGCGGAGGAAGAGGCAGCAGACCGCGCUUCACAUUCAGAAAGAAACUUCAGCGAGGAUCUCAGCAGCCCCGCCACCUGCAGCAACAGCCUUCCUGUCAACAGCAAUAACAACAGUAGCGACAACAGCAACAUCAACAGCGGCGGCGGCGCCGUGGUGGAGGCCCUGAGGGCGCGGGUGAAGGAGCUGGAGGAGGAGCGAAGGAGUGGGCGGUGCGCGUGUCGCGUGUGUCAUGGCGAGUACGAGAAGCCGCUGGUGUCGGUGUCGUGCUGGCACGUCCACUGCGAGCAGUGCUGGCUCCACGCCCUGGCGGCGAAGAGGCUGUGUCCGCAGUGCAGCAUCAUCACCUCAACAGCUGAUCUCCGUCGAGUGUAUCUCUGAAAGGUUAUUGUGUACGUCUGUCUUCUCAAAUUCCUUUUUUCUACAUUUUGUCGUCUUUUGAUAUUAUUUUUCAUUCUCUGUUGUUCCUUCGGCUUUAUUUGUGUUAAUUUUGAAUACUUAAGUUAUUUUUAAGGCGAUAUGUUCUUCAGUGAGAUCAUGCAUGGACACAUUUCAUGCAAAGCGCUGUAAAUUAUAUCUUUCAAAGAUUUUUCAUUUCUUUUGCCGUUGUUUAUAAUUGUAAUUUAUUCAGUAAGUUUUUAUUUUACAUCCGUUCUGGAAACGAGAGGAACCUUCCAGAUAUGUACUUUUGAUAAGAAAUUAAAAAAUAAACAUUGUAAA